UUAGUUAGAAAGCUGAAAAAUAAGUUUGGAUCCAACUCGAUGCUGGUACUUGGAAAUUGGUCAGCACCCAACGUCAAGUAUCAAGAGCCAACUAGGAAUAAAGGGUUAAUUGCUAUGUUAAAGAAGAACGGACCUAAAUUAUAUUUAAUUGACGCAUACAAGACGUCUUCUUUUUGU